AAAAACAAAAGUACCGAUGUUACAAGAACAAGAUUUUUGAAAAAAAAUUCUUAGAAAUACUUUAAUAGACCUUAAUCAUAGGUAUGGUGGGGCAGAUUUUUACCCUGGUUUUGAAAUUAUUUACACUCAGCAUUUACUCUUACGCGUGACUUGAACUUUUUUUGUAGCUAGCAUGUGUUGUCAACUCCGUGCUCCGAGUACAACUUGUGACAUUAUACAAUUUUACUUGUUAACAUCUAGCGCACGACUAGUCUUGUACUAGUCGGGCACAAAUGUCAACGAGUGUACAGUUUUGAUACAAAGGUAACGUGCGCCACUGGUGUCAUACAGGCGCUACGGAGUAGUACGCAAAAGUAUAUCUGCCUCAAUACAAUUCAGUUAUAUUUAACUUUUUAAGUCCAGCAUAUUUGCGUUUAAUCUUUAAGAAGUGUAAUUUUGCAAACAUUUAUUCGGGUUUGAUUUGAGUUCAAUUUUGUGUGCACUUCUUCGGAAUACAGCCUCAUUUUUUGAUGAACACUUAGGCCCACUAUAGUACUGUACAGUAUUUAUAUAUGGCGUCACGAUGGUGGUAUUUUUUUAUCAGGUGGUCCUUUGUGUGACGUUUGGCAGUUGUGGAAGUCACUUUUGUGUGUCUUAUUCAUUCUACUCGUGCACUAAAUUGUCCUCAAGACUGGACAUGGAACUUAAGUAACUAUCAGGGUUCUUAAAUAUAUUUUUUUAAUGUAGCAAAGAACCCUCUGUCCACUUCGGUCUCUUUCUCAGAUUCGAAAAACUUUAUGACAGUGACUUUUCGAGAAUUGGAAGACUGACGCACCGAUGGGAGUUUGCUCCGCGUUUUUACUGCGCUCUACGGACCACCCUGUCAGCGAGCCGUGACGUCGACGGGAGGAGGGGUCCACCCGCGCACUUAAAUAGCUCCGAGCUUCAUCCUGACCGACAGAAAGCCACACAACGUUUGAGAAUCGGCCACACAAGUCUCCUCUCGCUCUCCAGAAGACUCGCACCUCACGGCCCGGAGGACGCCAUGAUUAAAAAAAUGUCCCCUUCGGAGAGCGACUUUGACAUCCCGGCCAAGAACUGUUAUAGGAUGGUGAUUCUGGGCUCCACGAAAGUCGGGAAAACGGCCAUCGUGUCCCGCUUCUUAAACGGGAGGUUCGACGAGCAGUACACGCCGACGAUAGAGGACUUUCACCGGAAACUGUACAGCAUCAAGGGGGACGUUUACCAGCUUGACAUCCUGGAUACGUCUGGCAACCAUCCGUUCCCUGCCAUGCGGAGGCUCUCCAUCCUAACAGGUGAUGUGUUCAUCCUGGUUUUCAGCCUGGACAACAGAGACUCCUUCCACGAGGUGCAGCGCCUCAAGCGUCAAAUCUACGAGACCAAGUCGUGCCUCAAAAACAAAAUGAAAGAGAACCUCGACGUACCCCUGGUCAUAUGCGGCAACAAGGGCGACCGCGAGUUCUACCGCGAGGUGCAGCGCGCCGAGAUCGAGCAACUGGUGGACGGCGACGAGAACAAAUGCGCCUACUUCGAGAUCUCGGCCAAGCGCAACGAGAACGUGGACCGGAUGUUCCAGACGCUAUUCACCCUCGCCAAGCUGCCCCACGAGAUGAGUCCCGACCUGCACAGGAAGGUGUCCGUGCAAUACUGCGACAUGCUGCACAGAAAGUCCAUGAAGAACAAGAAAAUGAAAGACGUCGGGGAGGCGUACGGCAUGGUGACGCCGUACGCGCGCAGACCCAGCGUGCACAGCGACCUCAUGUACAUUAAAGAGAAGGCGGUCGGCGGAGGGCAGGCGAAAGAUAAAGAAAGAUGCGUGAUCAGUUAAGAGGACUUGUUGGAAGAAAAUAUUUCGAGUGAGAGAGGGGGGGCGAGGGGAAGAAAAAGCAGCCACCUUUGGGGCUUUUUCGAGCCGGUUUGUGCGCGCGCACGUUCAGGCGCCGACGCACAACCGUCGCCCAUGGAUACGGAGCGGAUUCCGAAGAACUGUCCCCAAAAACAGACAUAACCCACGACAGAUUGAAAGAAUGUUCCCUUCUUCUGUCCAACCGUGUGACUUUUCAUCACCGUACUUCGUGCGCGUCAGACGUAAAAAAAAAAAAAAAAAAAAAAAAAUCCCGAAAUGUGUUCGUUGACGUCAUCAGAGACUCUGAAAAGGAGCCGCAGCAGUGGGCAGUAACGUUGUUUACAUCUUUGUUUUCUAAUAACCACACUUGAAUGUUCCUUUGCAAUCAGCACUAUUUUUUCGUACUGUAUAUUUAUUGUGACUGUCACUUUUUGCAAAAAAA